AUGAAGCGCUUGCUCUAUUCUGCGGCCCUCUUCCUGGCCGUCUUGGCCCAGGAAGAGGCGGAGCCGGAGCCAGAACCAGAGACCGUAGCCGGAAACAACAGCACCAUACUCAAGAUUGCGAGCGAUGUUAUGACGAUUGAGCACACGCCUGGUCGCAUCGCCAUCGAGGAUUUCUAUGACGGCCCCGCCAAGAUCGUCGAGGGCGGUAUCGCAGCACUCCUCUCGGACCCCACAGUCGCACUGGGCACCAAUGCCGAGAUCCCUUCGCUCAAGAGUUACGGGAGCAACAGGGACCUGCGCAUCAUCUACACCAUGACGGAGACGUACUACCGCAUCGUGGCGAACCGCAAUGCGGGUAUAGAAACCCUCGAAGACCUCAAGGGCAAACGAAUCGGGACUAUUCCCACCACUACGGCGGCGUACUUUGUGGAAAAAUACCUCGGCACCGUGGGACUCGAGCCCGACGACUACGAGUUAGCCUACGGCGGCACCUGCCUGCGGGCACCAUGUGGGCGCAACACACUCCCGAUGCAGCUUGCGAACGGCACCAUCGAUGCCAUUGCGCUGUGGGAGCCGACGCCGCAGUUCGCCGUCAACGAACUGGGCGACGACGCCAUCGUGUUCCAGGACCGCUCCGUGUACCGCGAAGUCGUGAACCUGCAGAGCACGGCGCCCAAGCUAGCGGAUCCGGAGACGCGCGCGCUCAUUGUUGAGUUUGUCCGCUCGCUCAACGCCGCCCAGCGUGUCUUUGCCGAAGAGCCGACCGAGGAUCUGUACCAGCGGGUUGCCGACGCCACGGGGUCGCAGGCCGACGUGAUUGAGCAGGUCUGGGGCAUCCAUGGGUGGAGAGGCACGCUGGUGGGGGACAUUUACGACGUGCUCAAGACGGAGGAUCAAUGGGUUGCGCAGCUUCAGGGGCGGGACAAGUUGACGGAAGAGGAGAUUGAGGCGCUUGUGGACACGAGCAUCCUCGAGGAAGCCCUUGGGCUAAGUCUCGGAGAGACGAGAUAG